AUCACCAAAACUGCUUUCUAAUACCGCAAGUCUAUUUCCAUCCCUACAAGGCUACCUACCCCAAGAAACCAUGUCCAGAUAGUAUGUUGAAACGAAUAAAAUAUCUAAAAGGAAGUUUGUCCCUCUUUGUCAUAAUUAAUUAAAAAAGAGUUCGGUGCACAAAGUAUCUCGCGUUCACGCAAGGUCCGGAAAAGGGCCGCACUUUAAGGAAUAUGAUGUGGGCAGCCUGUCCUGAUGCAAGCAUCAAUGACUGAUUUUACAGCUCAAACCCGUAACCUAUAGGUCACACGAAGACAAUUUGACCGUUGCUCCAAGAUUCACUUUCUUUGUCAUAAUUAAUUGAAGAAAGUAUUUACAGCAGAGUGAAAACAAGAAAAGCAUUAAAAAUGCAUAUAUCAACAGAUCUUUUUGAUGUGCUAAGAAAGAGAAGAAGGAAAGCAAAACAAAAAGAAGAGGGAGUGCUUAAUUGUUUCUUCUUCUUCUUGGUUUAUUCUGAAAAUGGGUGCUGAGGUGAGUAAACAGGUGGAAAGACGAAAAUCUAUUCAUACUCAGAAGAAAAUCUUGUAUGAUCUCAAGGAGAAAAAUGGAUGCAACUUUCCUGGUUGUGAUUAUCAUGUACAAGACAGAAAAAAUUGGAUGUCAGCACUUAUCCCUGAGAAACUCCAUGUCAACAAGAUUGUUUGGCCAGGUACACAUGAUUCAGCAACUAACAAUAUAGGCAUCCCAUUCAUAUCUCGCCCUUUUGCUCAAUGUCAAUCUCUGUCCAUUUAUGAACAACUAGUAAUUGGCGCUCGCGUCCUUGAUAUCCGU